AUGAACCCAGGUGGUGAUGGGAUAGUAAAUAUGGUUCCAGCGUUUGGGCCGGCCAAGAAUAUUAAUUCUUGGGAGGAAUUUGAGAAGGUAUUCGAUUCAUACAAGAAGAAGCACAAACUCAUGUUUCGGGUGCGGAGCUCAGAAAAGACGGCUUUUUACAACAGCACCCAUGAAGACCAUAUACCGACCGAGUUCGAGUGGUUCCAGAGGAUCUACCGCUGCACGCAUGGAGUAUCUCAAGUCUCCACAUCAAAAGGUCACCGCAACCGGUCGACGCGUUACUGUAACUGCAAGGCAAGAUUAACAGCCGUUGUAUCUCGCUGUGUGGGCAAUACCUACAAGAGUGUUGUUCGGAACGAGAACCACCCGCACUCACAUCCAACUACAGGCACGAAGGCCUCUUCCUACCUCACGACCAAUACUCUACCGCUCGACGACCAAGAUCCCGAGGAUGUUAAAACCUUUGCUGAUGCCCGUGUGUCGUCUUCCCACAUCAUCCGCUUAUAA